GCUCCGGGGCGCAAUGGACGCGGCGCUGCUCCACAGCCUGCUGGAGGCCAACUGCAGCCUGGCGCUGGCCGAAGAGCUGCUCCUGGACGGGUGGGGGCUGCCCCCGGACCCCGAGGGUUCCUACUCCUACUGCAACACGACCUUGGACCAGAUCGGGACCUGCUGGCCCCAGAGCACGCCCGGAGCCCUAGUGGAGAGACCGUGUCCCGAGUACUUCAAUGGCAUCAAAUACAACACGACCCGGAAUGCCUACCGAGAAUGCUUGGAGAAUGGGACGUGGGCCUCAAGGAUCAACUACUCACACUGUGAACCCAUUUUGGACGACAAGCAGAGGAAGUAUGACCUGCAUUACCGAAUCGCCCUCAUUGUCAACUACCUAGGCCACUGUGUUUCCGUGGUGGCCCUAGUGGCCGCUUUCCUGCUCUUCCUGUUCCUGCGGAGCAUUCGCUGCCUGCGGAAUGUGAUCCACUGGAACCUCAUCACCACCUUCAUCCUGAGGAACGUCACGUGGUUCCUGCUGCAGCUCAUUGACCACGAAGUUCACGAAGGCAAUGAGGUCUGGUGCCGCUGCAUCACCACCAUCUUUAACUACUUCGUGGUCACCAACUUUUUCUGGAUGUUUGUGGAGGGCUGCUACCUGCACACUGCCAUCGUCAUGACGUACUCCACAGAGCACCUGCGCAAGUGGCUCUUCCUCUUCAUUGGAUGGUGCAUCCCCUGCCCUAUCAUCAUCGCCUGGGCGCUCGGCAAACUCUACUAUGAGAAUGAACAGUGCUGGUUUGGCAAGGAACCUGGUGACUUGGUGGACUACAUCUACCAGGGCCCCAUCAUCCUCGUGCUCUUGAUCAAUUUUAUAUUCCUCUUCAACAUCGUCAGGAUCCUGAUGACAAAAUUACGAGCAUCAACCACAUCUGAGACAAUCCAGUACAGGAAGGCAGUGAAGGCCACCCUGGUCCUCCUCCCCUUGCUGGGCAUCACCUACAUGCUCUUCUUUGUCAACCCUGGGGAGGACGACCUCUCACAGAUUGUGUUCAUCUAUUUCAACUCUUUCCUGCAGUCUUUCCAGGGUUUCUUUGUGUCUGUCUUCUAUUGCUUCUUCAAUGGAGAGGUGCGCUCAGCCCUGAGGAAGAGAUGGCACCGCUGGCAGGACCAUCACUCCCUCCGAGUGCCUGUGGCCCGGGCCAUGUCCAUCCCCACAUCCCCCACCAGGAUCAGCUUCCACAGCAUCAAGCAGACAGCCGCCGUGUGACCCUCUGUCAUCUCUCUGUCGUCACUGCACCACUGAGGCAGCUUCCCCAUCCUCUACAGCCUUCCCCUGGGUCCUCCUUGCUACACUGGCCUUUGGGGUGCAGGAGAAGGAGGGGAGAGAUCAACUCUCCAGUCUGGAAGGAAAGGAAAGCUAUGGAAGGGGGCUCUGAAGGACCAGGGCCCAGGGCAGCCACAAGUCUACAAGCAAGAGGGAGCAGAGGGACAUGGCAGGCCCCUGGAAAAGAGUGGCUCUCACAUCAUCACGUCUUUGCACACCUGGCCUCUCCUGUGGAUCCUCACUGUAGCACCAUUUAUAUAGGAAAAAAAACGAGGUACAGAGCAGACAAGGGCUGGCCAAGUCACACAGUUACUUGGACCACCCUCAGCACCUACAGUUGGCUCUGCUUCUUGCUUUCUGGUUCCACACUUACGAUGCACUCCCUUGACGGUGCCCGCUGAAGGUGGGGGAGACAAGAAUUAACUCAUCUGGCUUCAUCGCAGAGACUGUCUAGCAGAGAAGCCUCCCUCCUCAGAACCAACCCCUCACCAAGCUGCCGCUCCGCUCCUUUCCCAGUCCUCCUGCCCCUGUGUCUCUAGGAGAAUGCUGGCUCCCAGUCUGCUGUCCUUCCUGGGACUCCCCCCCCCCCCCCCCCCCCCCGUUCAGCCUGGGCUCAGUCUGGGGAUCUGGAGAUGAGACAGAAAGCCACACUCUCAGGCCAAUUGGAUACACAAUGCUGAACAGAAGAGGAGAACACCAGAGCCAGAGGGAGUCGGUGAGGCUCACCCAAAUCCAAGUAUCUCUCCUCAGACUGCUUCAGCCUCUGCUGCGGAAAUCGCUCUUUGCGACAUCAGCUAGGUACCUGUGGGGGUGGCAAUCUUCAAGUCGAGCAGCUGGACACUGGAGAGAUGAAGUGGGCUGACGAUGAGGGCAGAAUGUCUGCAGGCCAGAGCCAUGUCCCUCUCCUUAGAGAUGAUGGCCUGGACCCAAGCAGGCCUUCCUCUGGUGUGUGGGGGGUUUGGAGUCUUCGGGUUCAAAGGGCCGGACCUUUUAUUAUCCCCGCGGAUGACAUCUGUCCCAUCCCCAAUGCAGAUACUGCCUGUGUCAGGAACUGAGAUUCUGGAACUGGGAGAGAGGGGAGGCAAGACCCCUCAGGGGCCACAAACAAGAGGAAACAGAGCGUGGCUUCGGGCUCCACCUCUAUUCCUCUGCCCCCUCACCCCGCAGCAGAAGAGGAGGGAGAAGCCAACAGACUAUAGGCUUGAAAAGAGCCCCUUGUCUAAGUACCCCACAAAAAUAAACUUUGAAAAAU